AUGGAAGAAUCGAUAAUUUGUGAGCGCUAUGACAAUCUUCUUCGCUCUGUUAAAGAGGCACUUAAUAAAAUGAAAGUUGAUGGUCUUGCAAAACAGCUUCAAAAACACAAAACAUCAAAUUUUUACUCUGCAAAUCGCUUAAAUGAAGUUCUAAAUGAAUAUAUCAAUAGUUGGAGAGAAUAUUAUAUUCAGCAACUUAUUAGUGAUAUACAAGAAGCUGAAUUAACAAAAGAUAAAAUAGAAUAUAAAAUUCAAAGAAUUGAAACCAAAUUCAACUUUCAAAAUCGAGAAAUCAACAAAGAAAAUCAUAAUUUAAGGAAGAAAAGAGCAUCAAUUCGUACAAAAAUUAAAUCCCUACAAGAAAGAUUGGAUGAAUAUGAUGACGGACUCAACCAAAUUGUGUCAUCAGGUAAAAAGAAGCUUAACUAUGCUCAAGAGUCUCUUCAAAUGCUUAAAAAUACAUUAAUGAAUCUAGACAUGGAACUUAACUCUACAAAAACAAAAUUUAAUGCAGAUUUCGCAAUAUGCAUGCGAAAUUAUAAGCAAGUUCAAAAUGAAGUCAAGAGAUCAGCCAUGACCAAUACAUUUGGACAAGUUUCUAUCAAUGCAAUUGAUAGUUUUGAAGCAAUUCAAAAAACAAAUGAAAUUAAGCGCAUUCAAGAUAAAUCAGAAGAACUCUCCAAAGCCAUUACUAAAAUGGUUGGAUUUAUUAACAGUACAUCAGCUUCUUGUAACAUUAAAGAACAAAUUGAUAACCAAUAUUUCCAAAACACAGAAAAACUUCUCACCCAGAUACUAAAGAAUAAGACAAGUGAUUACAUAGAUUCCAGAUUGCGUGCUAGCGGAUCAACACUCAAUUAUACUAACUUUGUCAGCGAAACUAAGAAGAAUUACACAGAAGCUUUACUUAGAAAAGAAAAAGAAGUCGAUGAAAUUAUCAGAAAUGCAAGAUUCAGACAGAAAAAGUUAGAAGAAGAACUUGUUGCCGCUCAGAAAAAGUUAUUAAUGCUACAAAAUGUUGAUAGCGAUGAUGAUCAUAUAAUAGAAGAAUUGCAAAAAACAAGAAAGGAUUUAGAAUCAACAACACAUGUUUUAGAUCAAAAAUUAAGUCAAUUAGCAAUAAAUUCAACAAUGUCGCCACAGCGCAGUACUCUCCAUUAA